AUGAAAACCUCAACGAAUUUAUGGAGAGCCCUGAUCAAGCUGUUGGCUGUUGCGAAUCUCAUGGCCUGGUGCUCCGGGCCGAGGGGAUGUGCGUCAACACGUGACGUCCUUCUUUUGGGUGCGGUGCAGUUGUGCACGGGCGUCCCGGCAUGGUCUACCGUGCGUCGAGAUAGUGAUGAGGUUCAAGUAGAAGAUGGUUAA